AUGGCCGAAUCGUGCAUCAAUCCCCAGCCUUCCCGGCCCUCGGUACUGGUGUAUGAUGCCGCGGCCAAGAACGCAGUCUUCACACAUACCGUCUCAUCUUCGGUGCCUGUUGUAGAGUCCGAAGCCAUCGUCCACAGUGUUAUGCCUACUACAGAGACUCAGAACGACGAAAAUCAACCCCUACCGAUUCAGUCGGCUGCACUGGCGGCCGUCACUGAAACCGAAAGAAUGGCCGUGGAACAACGCGAACAUAAUCUACAAGCGUGUGAGAACCGUAUCAAGGCAGAAGUACGUGGCCAGCAGGCUAUGAAACGGGAACGUGUUCGACGUCAUUAUCAGAUUUUGAUGUCCCGCUUGGAUGAGCUUGCUCGUGACGACGUCAGUCGCAGACGCCGAUGUGUAGUGUCUGAUCCCGAUGGUGUUAUUCCCGGUGCGCCUGGUGACCCUAGCAUCUUCACCCGACGACUUGAAAAAAUCUUUGAAAACGAAGUACUUCACCAGUUAUCCAGUGUGGUUCAGCCUGAUGGGUUGCUGCCAACUUCGAACUCUAUAGAGCGAGCUGUGGAACAAUCUCGAUUAGCUGGAAUCACAUAUGCUGCUUCCGCCUUCAAAGAGGAUUUCUCCUCUGAUAUCUGCCAUAAAGAGUCAACUAAAAGACCUUAUAUUAUGGGAACGGACAUUCUUGCAGAAGGUGACGGAAACGCUUCUACUGUGCAUCCCGCUACUCCUAAUGCGAACUCCAACGCGCUGAUUCAACCCCCUUUGGUUCAUGACAUCGUUGGCCAAGGUCUUCAAAAGAGCGAUGGACAUUUUGACCUUAGGAAGGAACGCACUGAAAUUACGGCCGAUUCUGCUGGAGGGAUUCUCAAUCUGUCAGCGCCUGCAUUUCUGGGCUCCACCCAACCACCUAAGAGCUCUGUCGAAAAGGAGGUCGCUGUGCCAUUUUCGACCUCUAUCGUUGUUGAAUCUGCACUUGGGCCUGGCGAACGACCAUUCUUGCCCAGUCUUCGUCGAUCACGACUACUUUGCGGGCCUCCUCGAGGUACCAACCAGACGACUCAACUGACUCACUCACCAAGCCCAUUGAUUGGUUCAGAGCGGGACGAGCAGAAGGAAGAAUCACUGUGCUUGUCCUCGACAUACUCAACUCCAUUUUCAGAUCGAGAUAGUGUAAGGAGUGUUGAUGGGGUCUCUGCUCCAUCCGACUUGGAAAAACAACAACUUGCUCUCGAUCAAGAACUGGCCUCCAUAGACAGCCGUCUGUCCUACUUGAAGUUGGCCGCGGCCAUGGACAUGGAUGUUCCUCGUCCCCUAACUUCAUUUGUUUGCUCGACCAGCAUCACCUCCGACACCGUCUCACAACCACCGCUUUCGGCUAUCACUCAAUUGACUCCGCGGGGCAAGUGUGUGGUGGAAGGCUACUCUGCAGAUGAUCAUGCGGUAUGCAGUUCUAGCCCGGCGCAAUCAAAACGGAGCCCGGGUUCUGAAGCGUCUCCGAGUGAGCCUGCUCAUGAUGUUUGCGUCUCAGAGGUCAAACCGAAGCCAACUGCUUCGCAACACACUUCGAUCCCACUUCUCACUGAUCUGCCUCAGACGUGCAUCGACCGUUUGUCCGCUCUGGUUCGUAAUCAAAUCACAUCUUCUCACUAUGUUGCUCGCAGUCAGAAUGGUUUCUUGGACUCAACGACUUCCUUCUCGGCGGCACCGAUCACGGACCGCUCCACGGCUUCUGACGGCGCAUCCGUCACAAGGGGAUCUCAGAGUGAAUCUGUUGUUUCUCUUGUUUUAUCUUCCACCUCCACUCCAUUGGAAGCAAUAGACACUCCACAGGAAACGAAAUCGUAUGCGAUGGUUGAGUUCGAGGCGGCCUCUUCUAUCGCUUCUUCGAUCGUCACCGAGUGCCCUGAUCCGUCUUCAAGUACUAGUGCGGUCCAAUCUUCUUUGGUUACUCUCACUCUCCCUGACAGUGAGACUGUAGAUACUCAUUCAAACGUUAGCGAUUCUACAGAUCACGAGUCUGGUCUUUCCAUUCCACACAUUUCUCCAAAACCCCUUUCACUUGGCCCUCCAGAAGAGGAAUUACGUGUUUUGCGGUCCGUGACUCGUUUGGCCAAUCGUUUGGCUCAUGCUGCCAUUGUAGAGGCCACUACUGAGCUCAAUAUGAGAUUACCAGAGGAACCCUGUCUCCCUCCACAACCAGAAGCCCAGAGUAGUGUCGCUGCGUUGCCGCUUCAGCAAUCCUCCUUGGUAUCAUCAUCUUCCCUUUCUUCUGCUCAACACACAGGCCCUGAUGGGUUGGAUACGUUUUCCUCUUCCGACUCCUUUAAAGCUGAGCUUCGCGCCGCUUUGACCUCGUCCCUUAUCACAUCACUUAUAGGUCAAUCCAGUGAUUCCACUGGUUUGACAGCCGGAUCCAGCAGUCUCAGUGAACUUCUCAAACAAUUUCUCAGUUCACGAAGUCACCAUGAUUUCACCAGCAGUGGGCUAGAUACCAAAUCCAACCUACUGUCUCAUGCCACGGAGCACCCUUCUAUGACGACAGUCUCAAUGGCCCAACUCAUGUCCGCGUCUUCCCCUUCAUCCAUCUCAGCGAACAAAUCGGAUCAAGCCGACCUAGAAACAGUUUCUACUAAAUCGUCUACAAUCGCCCGAUCUUCUGUCACACGUACUCAAGCAGAUCGAGAUCGAUUUCACGGAACUUUCACCGAAUCCACCAUCAAACAGAUGAAACAGCGCAUUUUGAAGGAUUACCUCAGGGUAAACAAGGAUUGGUUGCUCAGUUUAGCAGGACAAAAUUCGUCUCGAAAUUCAGGCCGCUCUUCGUCGGUAGCAUCAACAGCUGACUCGGACACAACAUCUUCGCCAGUGUUUCGCCACUUGUCCCCAGGAGAUAGUGUGGCCCUUGGUUCCUCCGAUUCUUCCUCGCCUACUCCUUCAGCUUCUAUGCUUGACCUGAUUCCUUCUUCCCAAGACAUGCGCGAAUGUCAUUCAGACCCUACACGUCCUCUUACAUUGUCUUUCUCUACUCAUCCGCACAGCACUAUCUUUAAGCCUCUUCCUCGGUUAGAAGAGGCGACAUCUGAAGAAUCCAUCGCCGCUCAGUCGGAGCAACUUACAGUCGUUGAGUCUGCUGUUGGACGAGACCGAGGCGACCCAAACAUCUCACAGACACCUUCCAACUCAUACUCUGAUAGCCGAAAAUCUUCUGAGUUUUUCGCCCUGUCUCUAUCUUCUGCUUCGAAUUCCAACUUUGAUUCUGGCACUAAGGUGGACUCGGGUGCAUCCGUUCAAAAUGGGUCUUCCAAAUUGAACGCGUCUUCGUCCAACGCAGAUGUAGCGUCGGAUGCGACAACUUUGCAUCGUCUGCGCACUGACCUUCCUGCAACUCCCAUUGAGCCAUCCGAAUCGGAGGUGGUUUCUUGUCUCGGAUCGAAUAUGUCGUCCGCAUCGUCCACUCACCAUCCGGAUAGCAUCGUGCGGGAAUUGUUGGAAGGAGGUGAAGAAAGCUUCUGCUUGCACAACCUACCUCCCAUGAUCCGAUCUCCUCCGAGCGACCGUCCAGCUCUGACCGCAGUCCACACUCGCACCACCACAACCAUUGAUUCGAGUCUCGUGUGGGACGAUGCUGAUACUCGUGCAGCGGGAACGAAGGAUGCUUUGGAUUCGACGACGCCGAGCCGAACUCAAGGUGCUAUACCACCGGGCUCCUUUUUCUCUAAUCUAACCACGACAUCCAAGUCUCCUGGGUCCGAAGGAAAUGUGGCCAAUGAACCGAGGCCGUCAACUCCUGCGGAAGGUGCCCUCACGCCGACACCACACCAGCGGAUAUUCAAGUCAACACCGGGUGAUCGCGCACCAUUUCAAUCCAUGCCCACUAUCUACGUCGACUGUGCGUCCGAAACGCCCACAGACGUUUACCACCCGCAUUCGCCAACCAUGAGCAAACGCAAGCACACGCUGUACGCGUCUUGGAGCAAUUUCACUCGCAAACCACCUUUAGGGCACGCACAACCGUCACCUUCAGAGUCACUGCUUUCAUUUCAACACCACGAGGCGAGCUGUCUCUUUCUCAGCGAUCCUCAAGUGAACAUUCACCCUUUGCGCAAAGAUCAACGAAGCCAGGAUCAUCAAUUCCCUCAAGGCAGGUUCGAUCAUGUAAAUAUGGUCACAAUUAUGAACAAUACUCACGCUACUCGAUCCGUCAUAAAUCGUCAGGAAACCCGCGGUGUUUUCCAGCCAUCUGGUCCCCACGGGCGAGGUCAGCAAUCGAAUGUUUCAAUCCCCAAGUGGGCCUCUGACCCAUCUAAAUCCACUUGUCCUGAAACUGUGGACCCGGCGCCUACGAAUUCGCGAAAGAGGCCUAAAGUGCCUCACAGACGCCAGCAAACUGUGCCUGUCGCCGGUACAAGCAACACUAAGGUGCAAUCCCGUCAUGCUUCCGGUCCCUGUCAUGAUCGGGUUUCUCGGCUUGUGGAGGCCGUUCACGUCAGGAGGACAGCCCAGUAUCAUGAUACAUCCUGUAUCGCGGUUUCUCAGCAGGCGAAUACCACACUUUCUCCUCCGGAGCGUCCCAGUCGUGCAGCACACAACGCGAUGACAGCUUCAGGUAGACAAACAUAUUUGAUGCAGCCUCCAAACAUAAAAACUGAGUCCGGUUCUUUGCCUGGCGCUCUUUUGGCUUCUGACUCACUCUCAGUACAACAGUCGUUGAGUGAACAGUUAUCCCGUUGGCGGGCGGAUCGAUUGGGUUUUCGCCACACCUCACGUCCCAAGUCCAUUUUCCGUGGCUCCUACGAAAACCUCCCCUGUCUACCAACUCCACUAGGUUCCAUUGGACACCUCUCCUCUGCGGAUUCUGCGGCUGCGCCCCCGACAAGACCGACCGGUUGCUCCUCAUCUGGUCCAAGUUUCUUACCUUUCAUCGUGGAACCGUCUUUUGAAGACGAUAUGAGCUCCACUACUUUACUGGUGAAUGAAAUUUCCCUACCACCAACUCUUGAGCCUAGGCCCUUCACUCCGACGCCAGGGGAGCGCCCGUCGACAGAUUCUGAGGACCUAAACACCCAUACUCCUCCUCUGUUGACUAUCACCGGUCAGGAUGUUUUAACUGGGACGUCUGCGCGGCCGCCGGCCGCUUGUGCUGGCGAUGAGGUGUCCUUCGGACGCCAGCGUGUUCACAUUGGUGUUCGUUUCUCCGACCAGAUCCGAGUUGAACAAUCCUAUGUAGGCCCUGCGGCGUAUUCAGCUAGCCUGUCCACAACGCAAGAACUGGAUGCAAUCAGGGCACGACCAAGUGUAAGCACAAUUCGCGCACCUCGUGGUGCAGAGCGAGCCCACUCUAGAUCACACCAUUCUUCCCGUCAAACGUCUACCAAGCCAACCAACCAGCCGGACCGUGUGCUGUCCGAACGACAGCAGCGAGUGAACCAAGCCCAGCUGAAUCGCCUACGAAUGAAAGAAUUUGACCGACUCCGUCGGGAACGAUCACUGCGUCGAACGCGGAAACGAGUGGCUCGUUGAUUAGUAUCCACAUGCUCCAUCGAUUAUCUGAACCCAUUUCGGCAAAUUUACGUUGCACUCCCGCUUCGAUUCCGGUUGCCCAUUUCUUUUUUCGUUUUUUCAUUGAUCCUCUUCUGUCCGUUUCCAUUGAUUGCAUCUUCUUUGUGUUGUACUUGAUUUUUCAUCUAUGCAAAUACAUUCUGUCCCGGUUGUCUC